AUGAAGACACGGUGCAGUGGAGAUUUGCCGAGUUGCGACCGAUGCCACAAUAAGGGUAUCGAAUGCGUUUAUCCAGCGCGCGACAAGCAACUGGUUGGCAUUGGCUCUCCUGCAGUUGAACGGAGCUUUGGUGAUGCCGUUUUCGAGGGAGCUUCAGAGAUAGGGUCCCAAUCCAGCCCUUUCUUUGCAGAGCAUCUCGGUCGAGAUCGAUCUCAUGGAUCAUCCACCAUAAACUCCCCUCUGCUCACACGCGAACGGAUCUUGAAAGCUAUCCGAGCCUUUUUCCAGUAUCUACAGCCACUUCCGAGCCUUGCAAUUCUGCACAAGGCCUCUCUCUUACGACUGGUUCACCAAGACCAGGCAGAUCAAGCACUACUGGCUUCGAUCAUCGCAGUCACAUCGCAUACUUCAGAUUCUUCAGCGAGCGAUAGAGAGAUCGGUUCACGGUGCGCAGACCUGGCGGAGGGCCUGAUCAUGGCUGAAUUCAAACGGCCUUCCUUCUUCAAGUUGCAGGCAUUGUUGUUCGUCAUCAGGUACAGAAUAUGGACCGGUUCCCAUGAUGACGCAGUUUUGCUCAUGGCUCAACUUACACGUUCCGCGUUUGCUCUGCGGAUCAAUCAUGAAACGUUACGGCCUUCCUUUUAUGUCCAAGAAGCACGACGCAGAUUGAUGUGGGCUAUCUACAUCCUCGAUUCAACGAUGGCUUGCGGACUUCAGGAGUAUACGUUGUGCCCAAUAACCGCGAUACAUCUUCGCCUUCCAGCGGUGGAAGACGACUUUGAGCUCAAUAAUGAGAACAUUUUCGACCGUCUCCGAGAGCAUGGGCCUCAAUCUGUUCGUCUCGGAAUAUUAGCCUAUUAUGUGCGCAUAAUCAACCUCCAUGACGAGAUUCUGAGGUGCAAGAGGCAAGCUAUGUCCUCAAGGUCCGAUUUCCGUGCGACAUCAUCGCGCUUCCAGAACCUAGAAAAGGAUCUGGAGACAUUCGUUUCGAGACUGCCUCCAGGCGAACAAUUCUCCGAGAGGAACCUGGCAUUGCGAGCAUAUUCACCUCGUCUACCGCGUUAUGUAAUGACGCAUAUCUGGUGGCAUCAAUGCCAUUGUCAACUAUUUCGUGGUACAAUACCCGCUCUCGGCGAGCCAUUGCCACAGGAUUAUCUGGACCAUCUCGGUGCAGAUGCCAGUCAUGAACAGCAAGUCAAAUGUCUCCUCCAUGCUCACACGAUUGCCGAAAUUUUCUCCUCUCUUCUAGAAAUCGAGGGCGGUACAUGGACACUGGAGUAUGAAAUGGCAGAGUGUGCACAUAGCGCCACAGAGGUCUUGUUGGUCAGUGACACCACACAUCGGGAUCGGCUAGGCAUCUCGGCUGAGGACAUUGUACGGGAUGUGACCAUUUGUCUGCGACUAAUCAGACAGAUGUCCCAUAUGUACCCAGCAGUAACUCCUAUGAUCACGAGCAUCGAGCAGGCACUGCUUCCCCCGGCGCAAGGCUCUUUAGGGAAUCCCAAACCCCUGAAAUUCACAAGGGAGAUCGUCCCCAAGCAGUUCAUUUCAAGACAUACUGUGUUGGGCAACGUCGGUUUCACAGACGACAGUCCUAAGCUUGAAAUGAUCCCCUCAGCGAAGAUCCAGACACCCAUACAGCCUCCGGAGCAACCCAACGUGGGCGAGGCGACCUUGACACCACCGGAAAUGCCAAGUGAUGCCCACCCGGUACCAUUCCCGGUGAACGAGGCGUUUCCGAGUCUGGAAUCAACGGAAAAUGUGGAGCUGGGCGAUGCGUUCCCUUAUCUGGAGUCGGUAUCCAGUGCCUGGGAUCAGAUGUCCCUGUUUCAAGACCCGUUCGGGGCUUUUGACGAAGGCACCGAGGAGGCCAUGUGA